CACUGAGUAAUCAUGAAGAAAGUUUUUAUAGAAAGUAAAUUUACAACCUAUGUUUAAUUUCAGGAAGAUUCGGCAUACUUUGAGUGGAAUACUACCGGUGACACUUGUAAUAAAAACAGUUUUUUAAAUAUUCGUACAGUUUUCGAUGUUUGUCAUUACCUCAACUCAUUACCUAUAUAAUGACAUCGUUGUUCCCGAGUUAAAGAAUUUCAAAACACUUUAAAGUUACAUAAAUUUAUAAGAUAUACUAGACCUUGAUUUGUUACUUUAUAUCCAUUGAUAUAUAGUUCGCUCAUUUGCGUCAUCUAUAACUUACUCCAUUAGCCUCUCUCUCUCUCUCUCUCUCUCUCUCUCUCUCAAAUUAAAUUACGAGCGGUAAUUUCUCAACUCUGCCUUCUACGAUCUGAUUGGACAAAGGUCCGUCAAAAUAUUAUGUAAAAACUUUUCUGGAGUUGACGCCUAUUAAACGCUUCUACGUAGUUCGUUGUAUAAUUAUCCUACAUUCAAUGUUUGUGUUUUACUCAAAUUAUCUCUAAUAUUGUACCCCAAAAAAAUAUUUGUGUAUAUUUUAGCCUUUCAAAGUGAAGAAAAUCAGCAGUUUAGUUACGAUGUCCAUACCAUACAUAAUAUUUUGUGUCAGUCUAGCAAUAUGCUCAUCCAUAUCGAAAAUGUGCCCAGAAUCUGUACCUACUGUUUCUGUCGUACCCCGAUGUCCUUCUAAUGCCAAAGAAUGGGUAUCAGCUGCCAAACAAAAAAGCUGUAAUGAACUUGGACGGAUCCAAACAUGCACAAAUCCUGACAAAUUUGUCUAUCACUGCGUUUUAAACAAGCAAGCUACACAGCUACUCGAGGUUUGUGCACCUACUUGGUUCUUGACAGGAUACUGUGCCCGUUUCAGUGAAGAAGACAAAGGAAUCAUAAACGAUCCCGAUCUGGACUGUACCAAGUUUGAUUCCCCCUGUCCAACACGGUUUUUAUCCAAUGAAUCUUACAAAUACCAGACAUGCUACCAAAAAAUUGGCCAAAAAUCAAAGAUGCUUCACUUAGAGAAGGAUGGGACAAAAACCACAUUGACAUAUGUUUUUUUGGCGAUAUUUGCAAUAGCUACAAUAGUUUUGCUCAUUCUCCUUUGUUCGGGAUGGAAGUUGAGGAGAAAACAUAUUAGAUCUAAAAAGACCAAUAAAGGCGACUCAGAAAGCGAAAAAGAAAUACGACAUUUGAUAGAGGAUGAGACCAGCGAUCACAUUUCAAAUAGUGAAAAUCCUUAUCGGAAGCAAUCUUCGGUAGAUUCAGAGACAAUUGAAUACAAAAGCCUUUCCGGAGUGAGACAAAGAUGCUGUUCUUUAAAGGGUAUCAGCACCGUUGGUGAUGUAAUUGAUGCCCUUUCUAGAGACCUUGAUAUCCAGCGUCAGUUUCUCUCUAUCGUUGAUACAACAACAGGCCAAAUUCUGAAAGAGGAAGACCUAAUAAAACACCUUCAUAUAAAAUGCAUUGAACUUAUGAUUGGAAACGAAAACAGAAAUAAUGGAUUUUCUGGAAAGGAUGGUGGAAAUGUGGAAACUGAUGUAAUUGAUAACAAAAAGCUAACUGGUGGAAAAUGUCAAAUGAGUUGCGGUCAUUUUACAGCUCCAGAUUCCCUGUUUAACUAUGCAAUGAAGGAGUUGCCUUGCAGUUCAGAUUCAUGUCUGCAGUGUCCGGGAUGUAAAGAUAAGGGGUGGAAUGUGGAUGAACUUGAGACCAAGUGCAAUAUGUCUCCAGAUGAAAAACUCUUCUUUUAUUAUGUUGUCUUCAUAAAUAAACACACAGACGAUCUUAAAAGAAGGUAUCAUGAUUCCAUGCCGUGUCUGUUUAUCCGGGAUCCUAGCUUGGAGUUUCCAACUGUUGGAACUGCAAAAAGUCUCGCUGAGCUGUGAAACGUAUAUUGUAAAUACUGUCAUUAAAUUGUUUUAGGAAUAAGGAUUUUAUGACGUUUGAACAUUCACUAAUUAAAAUGCUUGUUGAAAUAUACAUUACAAAUGAUGCAUUUUGAACAGCGCUCGAGUACUGUACUCAAAAGCCUUUUUUGGUUUUGUUCCAAUAACUAUUGAUGAUAUUCCAGUAUUCUUGACAAGUGCAAGAUUUUGUUCUUCACAUCAGCCUUACCAUUAAUCAACAAAGCUUUUUUUAAAUACACAUUAAUUGCCGCCUUAAUUUUAUGUACUUAUCUAUUUUGUAAUUUCAAUUUUUUUUAUUCAUAUUUAUGAUUUGUAAAGAAUACAUUUUUUAAAUUUUAAAUCGCAACAUUUGUAUAUUAGCAUCUUGUGUUCAUUUUAUUUUUUUGUGUUUUCUCAUCUUCCUUACAUUCAUUUGUAUUAACUGUAUAGUCUUUGUCAAUGUAUAUACAUGUAAAGUAGGACCUUUUGAAAUAAAAACUUGCUGUCAUGAUCUCUUUCUCCCUCCCACCAUUCAGACAUGGCUAUCUAUAUUUAAAUCAGGACUACACAUGUGUAUGCUAAACCUUACUGUCUCUUUUUACGUCUCAAGUAACAUUUUUUUGAAUAUGUAAUC